UGACUCCACAUUGAAAUGAUGUGUUUUUGUUAACGCUGACAGAUUUCUGCGUUUUGUUAGUAUCGUGCGUGCCGUUACUAAUGGUAAUGUGAACAACGCUUGCUGAUUAUCACCUCGAUGAAUAUUUUUCACAGCCCGAGUCCCGCUCCUUCCUUUAUACUUCUUUUAACUGGUGGAACUGAAGAGGUUGAGCAGGACCGUGAGGAAGAGUACCCUGGAUGGACCAUGAACUAUGGCAACAAUACUUUUGGCCUUUGGGUGCUUUUGACAUUCUCCAAUUAAAAUGAUACAACAAUCCAAAAAAUGGAAAUGACCAAAAAUUUGAAACGUUUAUUUGUUGGGGGAUUACAUCACACGGUCUCUGAAAAUGAAAUUAAAGAAAGAUUUAACACAUUUGGUGCUGUGACAGAUGUGGAUCUUGUAUUCAGGAAAGACAAUGAAGGUAAUCCUAUUAAGACGUUUGGUUACAUUAAUAUCAAUGCUUCAGAAAGAGAAUUAAAACAAUGUAUUUCGAUUCUGAAUAAAUCAAAGUGGAAAGGUGAAACACUGCAAGUUGAAUUAGCCAAAGAAUGUUUUUUACACAAGCUUGCUCAAGAACGACAGGUUGUAGCUAAAAAUCAGUUCAAACAACAAGUUAACAACACAACAAAAGUGGUAGAAUCUCUAAAGAAAGCUGGUGUUGAAAACUUCAAUAUCAAGUCAGCUGUACCAGGAACAGAAAUACCUGAGCACAAGGAUUGGGUUGUGAGUAAAUUUGGACGAGUGCUACCCAUCCUUCAUCUGCGGAAGAACGGUCAAAAGAAAAUAAUAAAAUAUGAUCCUUCUAAAUAUUGUCAUAACAUCAAGAAACUUGAUCAUGUGACAAAUUUUGAAGUCAAAACCCCAGUAACCAACCUAACAUGGCAUCUCGAAGAAACAGAUGAUGAGGAAAUAAGGAAGAAAAAACGGGGGGACUUCCCUGCUCCAACACAACCUGCUAAGAAAAAGAAGCUGUCUGUCAGCAAGUACAGUGUGGUGGAUUCCAAUGAUUCUGACAAUUUCACAGCAAACAUGUCUUCAUAUGCAGUGGAACAUAAUGGCAAAAGUGGAUCUAAUCAGGAUAGAUUCAUUGCUGCGACAGAGAACAAGUUUGCUUUCUCAAAAUCACCUUGUUCUGUAAAUCGAAAUCUUGGGAGACAAGAAACUAAUGUCUCUAGCAAAAGUAAUACUUGGUCAAAAGCUCAAAUCACAUGUCAUCGCUCUGACUUUGAAGAUCAGGAAUUGAUCAGUGAAAGAGAGAAUAAUAAAACUGAAGACCUUAGUCAGGCAGAACAUAAACUACAAGACAUGCCUUUGGAGGUAGUUGGUGAGGAUUACGUUUUAAGACAUCAGACACAUUGGGCACUAAAUGACUUGAGGAAAGAAAUGUCGGAAGAUGUUAAUAUUAAUCACAUAUCAAAUGACAGUGGUAGUGAGUAUGAUUCUGCUGAUACUGAUGAAAUUAUCUCUGGGAAAAUGAUUUCUCACAAAAGUUUGCCAAGAACAAAAUUUAGCAAAAAACGAAAUCCUUUGAUUUCUAACACUGAAGGGGAUCCUAAGAAAAAGGAGUGUAAUUCCAACAGUAAUGGCAGUAAUGAAGAUUCCAAGCCAGAGAGUUCUGAAUCCAAUUUGGAUUCUGAUUAUGAAGAAAUGAUGAAUAGCUGUUACCGAAUAGACUUAUCGCUAACUGAUCUUGAACAAUUGGUAAAUAGUUCUUCCAAAGCCAAGAAAGAAAAUAACAAAUCGCAAAGUGAUUUGAAGUUACUUAAAAAUAUUUCAUUACAGCCUUCCCUAGUAAACCCAUUGCCAUCAGCUUCAGGUACAAAGAUUUCUCAGAGCAUGCCUGCCUUGAAGAAAAACACCAUACCUAAUAAAAUUGCAUCAGCUAUUCAGGAUGAGGACAGCAGUGACUGUGAAAUAACACCAAAUAAACAGCUGAUUAACCCAUCUCCUUCAAAAAAGACAAUGUCCCUAAUCAAGUCAAAGGAAGAAAAUAGCAAAGGAGAUAAAUUAAUUAGUGACCAAUUAUUUUUGAAAGUGAAGAGGAAGAUGUAUAAAGAAUCAGAUAGUGAUUCUGACAGUGGCGAGAAAAGUAAUUUCAAACCACCACCAUUUAAAGGAACAAAAUUUCUUCAAUUCAACACACCCACCAUGACUAUUUCUAGCCACAAACCUAACUUUGGUAUUUCUGAAAAUAAAACUGAAAAGUUGAAAUCUGUAAUACAAAACUUGUGUAACUCUGAAUUACUAAAUGGAGAAAAAUGUGAUUGUGGAGAUGCCAGUGAGGCAGUAAAUGCUGUGAAACAAAAGAUGGUGCAUUUUAAGCAAACUGAACUUCCAAAAUUUGAAGCCUCAACUUUACUUGUUGAAACCAGCCAUGUGAAGGAAGAGCGAGAAUGUAAAGCUGGAAUUGAUAAAGAUGUUACGAACACUGCUAGUUUAGCUGCAGGGACUCCUCAAAAUUCAGAGAAACAUUUAUUGGACAAUCAAAAGAGGUUGGCUGCAUUACAUGAGAGACAGAAAGAAACCGAGAUGCAGAAGAAACUCAUUCAAGGAGCCCUGACAAAUUUGGACAAUCAGAAACCUAACAAAGGGAAACACAUUGUCUUUGAUUUUGAAGAAGAGUGUGAAAACAAUGCACUAUUUAAAGACAUUGGAGAAAAUCUUAAAGAAAAAGACACAAAAAGUCAAGGAAAAUUGCAUGUUGCAAAAGCUUUUGAAAAUAGAACCAUUGAGAAACUGUUUGAUAGUGAGGAGGAUAAUGAAGAUGACAGUGAUGAAGAUUACAAUGGAAGAUUCAAACUUAAACCUCAAUUUGAAGGAAAAGCUGGUCAUAAGCUGUUUGACUUACAAUCACGAUUUGGAACUGAUGAAAGAUUUCGCAUGGAUGAACGAUUUUUGGAAAGUGAAGAUGAAAAUACUGAAGAAUCUGUUAUGGAUAAAGGCCAAAGUUCUGAAGAUGAAGAGUUUGCUGAUGAAAAAAAGAGGGCACUGAACAUUUUACAGAGUGUUAUCCAAUUUGAUGAUGAAAAGUCUGAUCUCAGGAAAGAACAAACACGAUUCAAAAAAUUCAAAGAUGUUUCUGCUCUGCGAUACGAUCCUACAAAGGAAGAUCACAUAGGCUUUGAAAGCAAGCUAGAUGAUUCCACGAAGAAAAGCAAAAAAGAAAAAAGAAAAGCAAAAGAAGAAGCUGAGAAGCUUCCGGAAGUAUCAACAGAAAUCUAUUAUGAUGUUAAUGUGGACUUGAAAGAAAUGUUCGAUUCCGGGACCAAAGUGAACAAAGUCAAAUGGGACAUGAAAGAGGAUAGUCAGGUUCAAGAUCAACCUGUUGAAUCUCCUGACACUGUUGGUUGCCUUUUUAAUGAUAAUUCGAAAAAAGAUUCGGCUGGUUUUACAUUUUCAUUCUUUGAUGAUGCAACUUCUAACACUCAAAAACCAGAACUCGGGUAUCAGAUUGAAUCAAAGCGUAUGACAGCAUUUCCCUGGCAAGAGGAUCCUCGAUUUCAAGAUAGCUCCUCUGAAGAUGAUAAUGAUGAAGAGAAAGAUUUGGAAAAUUGUGGAAAUAGCACAGGAAAAACGGAAGUAAUAUUUUCUAAGAACAAUGCGAAUCUAUUUUUCUUCUUCAAAGAUGAUCAAAGGCUGAAAGAUGGCCCGAAACUAUUUUGUCGAACUACAGAUCUUGAAGAAGAAAAACAUAAUUGGGAAGAAAGGCGAACUCUGCUGAUUGAGGAAUAUCGAAAGAAGCACAGAGAAGCAAAAAGGAAAAUAAAAGCCAAGCAGUAGAUCUGUAUUCAGUUGACGAAUUCCAGUUCGGGAGCAAAAUGCUGUAAAUUCAGGCAAAACUGCUUUUCACGAUGAAUGUCUGAAUAUUUGUGCUUGCCUAUUUUGGAAAACUAUUGUUAUUUUAGCUCUUGAAAUCAUACCCAUUAUACUCGCCAUAUGUUGGUGAGACAUACUGGUUCAUAUCAUAUUGUGAUUCUGCACAAAUGGCUAUUGAUCUUAACUGAACUGAGAUGAGACAAAGCUCUUCCCCAUGAGGCAGGAAAGAUCAGCUGGUUACUUUUGUAUAUUUCUAAGUUGUUGACCAGGAUGAGAAAGGAAUUAAAAUAGCUCUCUUCUCCAUAUCUCUUCUCACAAUUAGUGUCAGAAUGAAAACUGCUACAAGAGUAUUGAAAAUUACAGACUCUUUGGAAACGGAUUUAAGGCUAGUCAUUUUUGGAUGAUGAUGCACUGCAUUUUUUGUAAACCAGGAAAUAAAUAAAUAACUAUUUUGUCUGAUAUGUGAA